AAAUAAAAAGGAAGAAGAAAAAUGAAGAAUGAAUGUCAGGAAAUGCAUGACCCAAAAGAAUAACUUCAAUUUCAAAGUUGAAACCAUGAUAUCAUCAGGAAAUUUGGGUAGAAAAGUUUUCAUCUUUUCAUCAUUUUGGGUUCUUGUUUUUCACCCAAUCAAUCAAUUUUUUUUUUUGCCUGAAUCAAUCAAUCAAGUUUCAUGAACCAAAUUGCGAAGUCUUUUUUUUUUUCUAUUUUUUUCUAAAUUUUGAUGAAGAAAGUGAGUCUGAAAUUCCGUGUCCAAAUUUCCUUUUUCUAAUCGAACCUCCAAUAGACUAAAACUGGCCUCUCAAAGAGUGUAAGAAAAGCUGCGGAAGAAGACAAAAUCCAUGCAACAGUCUUCACUAGCACAAUAUGAAGAGAGUUGAUGUUGGUAGUUGUUGGCUUAAAGGGUGUUGUUCUUCAUCUUCUUCCCUCGACGACAGUGGUGGAAUCAGCGUUUAUUCACCGUCACCGUCGAUGAUGAGAGUUAUGAGGCGACGCCACCAUAAGGACGAUAAUCUGCAGCUGCCUGAAAUAAGCUUGAAAUCGCCAAUCGUAAGGCCUUAUGUUAGAUCAAAAAUGCCUCGUUUAAGAUGGACACCUGAUCUUCACCAAUGCUUUGUGCAUGCAGUUGAACGCUUAGGUGGAGAAGACAGGGCAACCCCAAAGAUGGUUUUACAGAUAAUGGAUGUGAAAGGACUAACAAUCUCCCAUGUUAAGAGCCAUCUCCAGAUGUAUAGGAGCACCAAGCAUGAACAGAUGAUACAAGAAGCAGCUACUGCAUCAAGGAGAAACGAGAAGGUAUUAGAACUGAUGAACUGCCCACAAAAUCAACAGUUUAAGGAUCAAGUGAGACCCUAUAACCUAGGCCUCGGAAUUGAAGGGAUGCCUUCAUGUACCAUCUAUCGGCAGCCACAAUGGAAUGGAAACAAAGUGAGUAACCAGUUAUCAUACGGUGAAUUAACAAAUAAAGGAUCCGAGCAAAGAUCAAGUACUUCAUAUAUAAUCUUCAAGGAUUUACUCAAAAGUUGCACCAUCCCAGAGAAUCGUGAAAAGGUAAACGUGGGACAACAUGGUGGUGCAGAUUGGAAAUGCAAUCAUCAAAAGCUGGUUAAGUUAGGGGAUCAUAGUCAAGCAUCUGAUUGUUCAAUUUGUCGGUCGCUUAAAUCAAAAGUUUCCCAGAAAAUGUCAAGGCAUGGCAAAGCUGAGACAUUGGGCCUAAAUGAUGUCUCUUUAGAACUCUCUCUUGCUUGAAACUAUGCAUAUAAAAGGACGUAACAUAACCAGUGUGGAAUAUCAAAAAGCUUCUGUCGUGUUACGUUGUUUUGUUGGCUAAAUUUCUUAAGUCUACAAUUCUACGUACUUAUCCUUACCUGCGAUAAGAUCAUUUGACUCGGAUAUUUAUUCACUCGAAUACUAACCAUUGCACGAGACAAAGGC